AUGCCAUCACCAUUUGAAUCUUCUGUCGUUUCCCCGGCUGGUCAUGGCAAGGUGGCCCUCGCACUUCUUCCACCGUCCAUCCCAAGCUUUACAACUCUAUCCUACAAAUAUCCCCUAAAGCUACUCACCCAUUCGCCCCGCUUUCUUCCCCAGUCAUCCGCGCUGCCAUGCGUUUCGCGGCCAGUCCACCUAUACAUCCUCAGUUACGGCGGCGGCCUGCUGCCCGGCGACGAAAUCUCCGUCUCCAUCAUCCUCAACCCGCAAACGAGACUGGUGAUCAGUACCCCGCAAGGAUGUAACAAAAUCUACCGCACAGAGGCUACAAAUAAAGCUCGGAGCCGACUAGCAGUUCCCGCAAAUGGCCUGAACAGGAUGAGCCGGCAGACCCUGGACGUUCGCAUCGAGAGACAGGCCGCACUCUGCUACUUGCCUGACCCGAAUGUGCCGUUCAAAGACAGCCGCUACGAGCAGAUCCAGGUGUUCACCGUGGACUGGGCGACAGAGGUCAACAACCGCAGUAGCCUCUGCGUGUUGGACUGGGUCACGGAAGGCCGAACCGCACUGGGAGAGAAGUGGGAUUUCCACCUGUGGCGGGGAAAGAACGAGGUGUGGACUGUGGAUGGGAAUGGGGCCAAGAAGCUCCUGCUGCGCGACGCGAUUAUACUUGAUGUCGAGUCGGAAGAGCAAGCAGGAGAGAUGUGCGCGGCCACGGGCACGGGCCUUAUUCGCCAACGCACUGGAUCGAACGGCAUCAUUGGGACCCUUAUACUUUACGGACCCGUGUUUGAGAAGCUGGCGGCCUUUUUCAUGCAGCGAUUCCAGUCACAGCCGCGUAUAGGAUCCCAGAACUGGUCGUCAUCCUCGACGCCUUUGUCGAAAGGCGAAGCAGACGUUGUAUGGACUGCUGCACGAGUGCGAGCCAGCUUUGUGAUCGUCAAAUUUGGAGCAAAGGAUGUGGACGGAGCGAAGAGAUGGCUGGGUGAUCUCCUGCGGGAAGAGGGCAGCAUUGCAGCAGAGUUUGGUGAAGAAGCUUUGCUUUGCUUGUAA